AUGCGUGAAAUCCUCUUCAUCACUUCUUCUCUGGUUAUCUAUAUAACCAAUUUCUGCUCCAUUUUCCAGAGAGGUAAGCAUCCUCCUUUGGUGUCUUCCUUUGAUCACCAUCAACGUCUCUUUGAUGUCUCGUGCAUCGAUCCUCUCUCCAUGCCGUCUUCGUUAACCCUUCAACCGACUUGUGCUCCAUUUUUCUCCGAGGUAAGCAUCCUCUUUUGUUUGGGGCUUCUUUGGAUCAUCAUCAAUGUCUCCUCGUGCAUGAAUCUUCUUCACCACAUAUUUCUCCGGUUAACUGGGUCAUAG